GGAGGGAAGGAAAGAAAGAAAGGGAGGGAGGGAGGAGGGUCCCGCCUUCUUCUUCUCCUGCUUCUCCUUCCAUUCAGCGCUUGGAGGGAGAAGCGAGAAGAGGAAGGAGCAACGAUGGCUCUGGACGGUAUUCGGAUGCCAGAUGGCUGCUACGCGGACGGGACGUGGGAGCUCAACGUCCAUGUCACAGACAUGAACAGGGAUGUAACUCUGAGGGUCACCGGGGAAGUCCACAUCGGUGGUGUCAUGCUGAAAUUGGUGGAAAAACUUGAUGUCAAGAAAGAUUGGUCUGACCACGCUUUGUGGUGGGAAAAGAAGAAAACCUGGCUCCUUAAAACUCACUGGACCUUGGAUAAGUAUGGAAUACAGGCCGAUGCGAAACUACAGUUCACUCCUCAGCACAAACUGCUCCGGCUCCAGCUUCCCAACAUGAAGUAUGUGAAGGUGAAAGUCAACUUCUCUGACAGAGUCUUCAAAGCCGUGUCUGACAUCUGCAAGACUUUCAACAUCAGACAUCCAGAGGAGCUCUCCCUCUUGAGGAAGCCUAGAGACCCAACGAAGAAGAAAAAGAAAAAGCUGGACGAUCAGUAUGAAGACGAGACGCUGGAGCUGGAAGGGCCGCUCAUCACCCCAGGAUCAGGCUCUGAUGUUCUUUACAUUGGUCCAGUCAAAGGGAGCAUUUAUUCAAGCCCGGGACUUUACAGCAAAACCAUGACCCCAACCUACGAUUCUCACGACGGGAGCCCCUUGUCUCCCACCUCGGCGUGGUUCGGGGACAGCGCUUUGUCAGAAGGGAAUCCAGGCAUCCUUGCCGUCAGCCAGCCCAUCACGUCCCCAGAAAUCUUAGCCAAGAUGUACAAGCCACAGACGCUUCUGGACAAGGCCAAGAUCAACCAAGGGUGGCUCGAUUCUUCCAGGUCCCUCAUGGAGCAAGAUGUGAAGGAGAACGAAGCCUUGCUUCUCCGGUUCAAGUACCACAGCUUCUUUGAUUUGAAUCCUAAGUACGAUGCCAUCAGAAUCAACCAGCUGUAUGAACAGUCCAAAUGGGCUAUUCUCUUGGAAGAAAUAGAAUGCACAGAGGAGGAGAUGAUGAUGUUUGCAGCAUUACAGUACCACAUCAAUAAGCUAUCAAUCAUGUCAUCAGAAAAUCACUUAAACAACAGCGACAAAGAAGUGGAUGAAGUGGAUGCUGCGCUUUCCGACCUGGAGAUUACCCUCGAAGGCGGGAAGACCUCCACGAUUCUGGGAGACAUCACUUCCAUCCCAGAGCUGGCGGACUACAUUAAAGUAUUCAAGCCGAAAAAGUUGACCCUGAAGGGUUAUAAACAGUAUUGGUGCACCUUCAAAGAUACCUCUAUCUCCUGUUACAAGAGCAAAGAGGAAUCUAACGGCACUCCGGCUCACCAGAUGAACUUGAGAGGAUGUGAAGUGACUCCUGAUGUCAACAUCUCAGGCCAGAAGUUCAACAUAAAACUCUUGAUUCCAGUUGCUGAGGGCAUGAAUGAAAUUUGGCUCCGCUGUGAUAAUGAAAAGCAGUAUGCGCACUGGAUGGCAGCUUGCCGGCUGGCCUCCAAGGGCAAGACCAUGGCCGAUAGCUCCUACAACUUGGAAGUCCAGAACAUCUUGUCCUUCCUGAAGAUGCAGCACCUGAACCCCGACCCUCAGAUCAUCAGCGAGCAGGUCACAACGGACAUCAACCCUGAGUGUUUGGUUUCUCCGAGGUACCUGAAGAAGUAUAAGAACAAGCAGCUAGGCCAUAUCAGAGACCUGAUCACGGCCCGGAUCUUGGAGGCCCAUCAAAACGUGGCCCAGAUGAGCCUCAUUGAAGCCAAGAUGAGAUUCAUACAAGCCUGGCAGUCCCUACCGGAGUUCGGCAUCACCCACUUCAUUGCAAGGUUCCAAGGGGGCAAGAAGGAGGAGCUGAUUGGGAUCGCCUACAACCGGCUCAUCCGGAUGGAUGCCAGCACCAGCGAUGCCAUCAAGACGUGGCGGUUCAGCAACAUGAAGCAGUGGAAUGUCAACUGGGAAAUCAAAAUGGUGACGGUGGAGUUUGCCGACGAGGUCCGCGUGUCCUUCAUCUGCACCGAAGUGGAUUGCAAGGUGGUGCACGAGUUCAUCGGCGGCUACAUCUUCCUCUCGACGCGGGCCAAGGACCAGAACGAGAGCCUAGAUGAGGAGAUGUUUUACAAACUGACCAGCGGCUGGGUGUGAGCCGGACAGACCUUAUUGUGCAGCGCUGACGUCAAACUCAAAAUGGCCAUAUUAAUAUUUAACUUCAAAAGCUGUUAUUUGAAAUAUGCUGCUUAAUCAAGUUAAGCUUGAAGUGUAUCAUUUUAUUUCCUCCUCCUUUCUUUUCAAAACAAACAAACAAAUCGUGGAAACCUCUGCCUUAGCAGACCGGUCCGUAUGUGCUUUCGAACACACUUUUGUGCUUGAACGAGACCAUAAUCAUAAUAAUACUACGGACCGUUCGCUUGUGCCUCUUGAGCGAAGGAGUGGACGAUCAGGUCGAUCGUUUCUCGCCGUCGUAAGCUAACCAAACCGACGAAAUAACCCUUAAGCCAUUUAGACUCUUAAAGAAACCCAGGGCCUAGUCUAUAUGAAGUCUAUUUAUCAUGUUUAAUGCAUGUUUUGUGAGGGUUUUUUUUAAUCAGAUAGAUAUAUAUAUAUUGCAAAGUGGACGGUCCCGUGUGUGCAAUUAGCCUUUCGGUGUGCAAUUAGGAAGGGCUUUCGCACGGACUGCUUCCUGUUGCGCAGCCAUGGUGCUCAAUGGAUGAUGAUGAUGAUGAUGAUGUCCCUUUGUUUUCCGCACUACAUAUCCCAGACCCUUUACGGGAGGAGGAGCCUGGCGCUUUGACCGAAGCAAUCAAGCGUGGCCUUAGAAAAAUACUAAAA